UUGACGCCGCGAACGGUUUGUCAAUUGCUCGCACUCGGUCUAAGUAAACUUGCAAUCGAUUUGAAAACGCAGAACAUGUAGCGUUCAUGUAAAGUUGUUGUCGAGGUGAUCUUUGAUCUAAGACGCUGAAGAUACAGAGAAAGCAUCGAUCAAAGGCUUCCACGUGGCAGAGCGCCGGAUUUCACUAAUCAUCGACUUGCAAUGAAUCGUGAUUAUAAUCAGGUCUCAGUUUUGUAUUCCACGGCUAUGGAUAACAUUGACAUUACGGACGCGCUCGAGAGUGGAAGGCCACGCGCAGCCUCUGAGGAAAAAGGCUUGCGUAGACGGAUAAGGACUUUGCAUGUCCUUUGGGACCGUUACUCCUUUCAGGUCAUUGUUGUGGUCAUUUCGCUUCUACUGCUUAUUUACACAGUUAUAGCCAUCAGUAUCAGUGGAUUUCACCAUGUAAGAGGGCUCUUCGCCAUCUCGCUGGUAUUCUGGUUUUGCGUGAUCUACAUGUUUAUUCGUGACCACUGUGGAGGGGAAAUUUACACUUUAUGCUGUUUACCCGUUAUUUCACUGAUUCGAAAGAAGUGGAGGAUCCUUAGAUGGAUUGUGCUUCUCGUGAUAUUGACGUUAAUUGGUUUGUGGUUUGGUCUCGACACAGCUAAGGAGCCGAGAAGAUUCAUAUCCGUGCUCGGAAUGCUGGUCUAUGUCGGAAUUAGUUACGCGUUUUCGGUGCACCGAAAAAAAGUGAAAUGGAGGCCGGUCCUGUGGGGGAUGGGAAUGCAGUUUGUGUUCGCUCUGAUAAUUCUCAGGACCCCUCAAGGAUUCACAGUCUUUAAAUUUAUCGGAGACACUGUAGCAAGAUUUCUCGACUACACGGAUGUUGGGUCUGCAUUUGUAUUCGGAAAUGAAUUUGCGACCCACUAUAUCGCAUUUAAGGUUCUAACGGUCAUCAUAUUCUUCAGCUCUUUCAUCUCAGUUCUUUACUACCUUGGUGUGAUGCCGCUGAUCAUCACCAAGAUUGCCUGGCUCAUGCAGGUCACCAUGGGGACAUCAGCUGCCGAGUCUCUCUCGGCCGCUGGAAAUAUUUUCGUCGGACAGACAGAAGCACCUUUAAUGAUCAGACCAUUUCUUGCAACUUUAACUCAAUCCGAGCUCCAUGCGGUCAUGACAGGAGGCCUGGCUACAGUGGCAGGGGGAAUAAUGGCGGCGUAUAUCGGUGUUGGGAUCCAGGCCUCACAUUUGGUCGCAGCCUCGGUAAUGUCAGCGCCUGCUGCUCUGGCUGUUUCUAAAAUCAUGUACCCAGAGACAGAAGUACCCCAGACCACUUCACAGGGCGAUAUACAUUUCGACAAUCCCGAGGAAAGAAAUCUCAUAGAGGCUGCUGCCAAAGGAGCAUCAACCGCAAUUUCUUUGGUCGCCAACGUUGCCGCCAUGUUGAUCACGUUCUUUGCUUUUAUCGCGUUCUUCAACGCGGUGCUGUCUUAUAUUGGAAGUAUGGUGGGAUACUCCGAACUUAGUUUUCAGGUCAUCUGCUCCUACCUUUUCAUGCCGUUUGCGUUUCUCAUGGGAGUAGACUGGGCCGACUGCAAUACUGUGGGGAGGUUCCUCGGGAUAAAAACAUUUCUUAACGAGUUCGUGGCUUACCUUGAGAUGGCUCCAUACAUAAAGAACCGAAACGAAAUGAAUGGAGGACCCACGAUAUCACGUCGAUCGGAAGUCAUUACAACUUAUGCUUUGUGUGGAUUUACAAAUUUUCUCGGCCUGGGUGUGUUACUUGGAGGACUGGGUCCAAUGGCACGUAGCCGAGAGGGGGACAUGGCGAGAAUUGCUAUAAGGACCCUGUUUGCAGCUACAAUAGCCUGCUUUAUGACGGCCAGUAUUGCUGGAUUUCUAUAUGACGAGUCUUUCGAAGCUGCAGCGAUUAGUCCUACGUCAUUUACAAACACCACUACAUCACCAUAAGAAUCAACCAAUCAUUUUCAUACAGCUGCGGAUAACAGCUGUCAAUAGGAGUCGUACAGUUAAUUGUAAAUCGUGGACACAUUUCAAUUUAGGGGUUAAAAAUACCUACAUUUCGCCAUCUCAUUUUUUCCUUUCUCUCAAAAAAGAAAGAGACGUUAUAAACAGAGCCUAACAAUUCACGAAGAUAAGUGCUUCUUGACCUUUGAGAGCCGAAUAUCUUUCAACUUGUUUCUAGAACGUGUGCAACAAUCGUAGCUCCAGUAUAUCGAUAGGCGAAACCUAGGGUUGUGAAGACAACGUGAGAACUACAAUGUGUUGAAACCUUUAUUUAGGUACAUUUACAAAAAUUUAACCUGUCUUGUAGGUGUUAUGAUUAGAAACAAGAGUACCAAUUACAUGUAACAUAAUAUACAAAAUCUAGCCAUUCCUAAAAAGGUUGAAUUGUAUUUGUUACUCGUAUUUACUCAUUUUUAAUCCAAAAUUUGUCGCGAAACAUUUAAAUAUUCGAAAGGAAAAAUCAUUUUCGUUUAGCUAUAAAUCAGGUAAAGCGUGAAACUUACAAAUGCAAAUUAUUGUAUUUCAAUUUCGCGACAGACAAUAUCAGUUUAUCGUUCUUACGAAAGGAAUAUAGUUGUAAAGAGGUUUAUGGAAACAGUCCAUCAAUAUCUAGCUAUGGUCUAUAUUUAAUUCUAUAAUUAGAGAGGAAAGUAUCAAUCAAACGAAAGGGCGAUUUUGCCCAAAUUUUACAUUUUAAGUGGUAACGUUAGCAAUAAAAGAGGUUUAAAGAGAA